AUGACCGAUGGGCCACAUGCGGCGGCUUUGAGCCAAGCUAGACGGCGCCUCAACGAGCUUCUUGACGGAUUAGUCGACGUCGAUGAUUCCACUGGCUUGGUGACACACUGCAGGGACUUGGUGGCUUCUUUGGAUGACAUUAUCGGGUAUCUAUCAUCGGGUAGCCCUGAGGACGAAGAGCCCUUUGAGAAGGCCUAUGUGUCCGCCGCUGGCGAUGACGAAAACGCCGAACUAGAGGAUGUGCUCUCGGAACUGCACCGUGAAGCGCAUGAAGCCAUAGUGUUCCUCGAAAACGUUGACUUAACGGCGGGUGGCACCAUUUCAUUUCUAAGGGAAGACGACCCCGGCCGGAUAAGGUUGCUCGCUUCACAGCGGUCUCUGCGAGACAGCCUGUCGGAGAAGCAGUCAUCCCUCGUAACCACAAUCGAAGACAACGAAUCGCAGUUGAAACAACUCGAUCGUGAUAUCGCAACUGCUUCCGCCGAGGCCGAGCAGCUCGGUGAGGCGACAGGUAACGGUGACAUCCGCGCGAACAAAACGCCGUAUUCACCUGAAGUGGAGAUAAACAACGAUUUGUCCUUGGAAAAGGCAAUCACUAGGUCUACCACUGCUUCGUUGUUGAUUGCGGCCCUCGACGCCAGCCCGCUUAAGGUCAUCGAGGAGGGUGCGGACUACAUCGUCUACGAGUACACACUCGAGGGAAGCCGCAGGACGCUGCGCGUUCAAGACGUCGGCUCGAACGGGCUCAGCUUUAUCCUAGAUCCGACGGACGCGAAAGCACAUGCAUACCUAAUGGAGCACUUGCAGGGCUGCAAGUCUCGCAUCCAAAUCGCAGCAGUGCUACAGGAGGCCUUGAGCUUGCCCUAG